UCAGACUCAUGUAUACAUAAUACAAGUUGGACUCGAGUAUUUGUUUUUCGUAGGGUUUAAUGGUUUUACUAAGAAAUAUUUAAUAUUUUUAAGAAACAUACAAAAAUUUCACCUCCCCAGUUAGAGCUACAUUUACAAGUUACUACAACUACAACUUACAAGUCUUCAUUAUGUCGGUGUUUUGGUUGCUUGUUUCGUUCUGGUGGUGUAUGGGCGUAAACAAUCCUACUGUUAUAACUGUGUCAAUGGAUACACAAUCUAACCUCAACAAGCAAUCAAGUGCCUUGGCCAUAGUUGACAAAAAUGGUGGGAAUGAUAAUGAAGAGGAGGUGACGGUCUCUGAGGAGGAGGUCAUACAAAAUAUAAAUGAAUUUACUCCUACAAAUGAGUGGAAAACAAUUGAAGAAGGUCAGGUUAUUCCUGCUGGGCUGCAUGUGAGAAUUGACCUGCAGACAGGUAAAAAGGAAGCAAAGCUGAUUGACAAAAAUAAUGAUGAACCUCUUGAAACAACCAGUGGUCCGGCCAGUAUGUCCUUCACUCCAGAGGAGCUUAAGAUGGCACUAAAGAAUAUGAAGUUGUCCCAUGAUGAUGUCAAACAUGGAGAUGUACAUCGCACAAUGUCGCAUAGUGAAAAGGCGGCAGGCACCGCGUUUCGUUCAUACGCUGAGCUGAAGCGCACCCUUGGUGAGAUGAGCAUGAGAGAGGAGUCAGAUGCCACCGUGAUGGCUCGACUGCUAGCCGAAUAUGGAGCAUCACACGACACUGAGAAGCGCCGGAACAUUCUUGUUGACCUAGAGUACUACGUGCAUCAGAUCGACAAUGCACAGGAUUUUGUGAAGAUGGGAGGUUUGGCAGUUGUCAGAGAAGCACUGAACAGCAGCCAUAGUGAGCUGAGAGCAGAGGCAGCACACGUGCUGGGAUCUUCUCUGCAAAGCAAUCCGAAGGUUCAGGUCGCUGUGUUGGAAGCAGCAAUGCUGCAACCUCUUAUACACCGCCUCAAUGAAAUCCCAGCAGAUCUGACGGAGAGGCGACGUAUGCUCUAUGCCAUCUCCUGCCUUGUGCGUCACUUUCCACUCGCCCAGGAGAAAUUUGUUUCGUACGGUGGGAUUCAGGUACUUGUCGGCUUGUUUGAAAACUCCGGAGUACAUAAGCUACAAGUGAAAGCCGUGGAUUUGGUAUCAGAUCUUCUAGUAGAGAGGCAUGGGAUAUUAGAAGACACAGUUCCUCUUAAUAAUGAGCUGUUACAGCAAAGAUUGCAGCAGUAUAACAGUGUAAAUUUAGAGAAGGUACUACGUGAUCAACUCUGGUGCAACCGGGUGGUCAAGCUCCUAAUUACCGAUGAACAUGAUACGAGAGAGAGGGUUCUACAAGCCCUCAAACUUCUGUCUCAUGAUGUAUGCAUUCCAACGAGCGAUCAGGAUUUACUUGAGUUUCUGCAGACGAUGCAGAGCGAGUAUACCAGACUGGUGCAGGUAGAUGGUGCCGAUGAUUCCUACUUCUUACAUCUCCAUCAGUUGGCAAGCGAUGUGCUAGAAGUGCUGCGGCGGUCAGCUGUCAAAGACGAAUUGUGAUAAAUGUUUCAGAACCCAGAACGAAACUUUGGUAGCUUGUCUUUGUUUAAACAGCCAAAAAUUUCAUUUUGAUAGGUGAAAGCGACAUGUAAAUAAAUGUUAAUAAAGUUACCACUGUUACUCAUCAUUAUCUAAA